UUAUAAUUAUUUUUUUUGGCGAGGUUCAGGGCCGCAGUGGGACUUAUUUUCAGAUCUUGAGUUACAUGAUGUACACCAGCCCACCCACUCUAUAUGCAGGCCGCUAAAACAGACUUAAGUAAAGAAAAAAGUUUGACACUUCCGCCCCAACCGAGGUGAGUCUGAAAGAGAUCAUAGUUUAACGGUGGGAGUAAGAAAUAUUCAAACUGACAUUAAAUCAAUACACAGUGUAUUAACAUAAACAGUGACUGCGUAUUGCAGUGUAUGGCAGUAAAACAGUUUACAGGAUCAAUCAGCUGAUCGCUUUCAGCUUUAUGUCCCGCCUCCCAGCGGGAUUCUGAUUGGUUCAGCCGCUGACGUGCAGACUCUGAAAGUGGGGCUCUGAUUGGUUCUGUCCCUAAAUGGAGAUUCUGAUUGGUUUUGCCUCUGAGUUUACUCUCCGCCUGUUUUUGCUGGUCAUAGCUCCACGCGGUUCGGUGAAAGCGGUGUUGUUAUUUUUAUGUACGCGUCCUGAACACAACCAAAAAGAAGUUGACAGGAUUCAAAACUUUGCUUCUGUCUGCCCUGCAUUAUUUCCUCUGUGGCUGUUUUGGGGGGCGGAGUAGUGGCGGAAGAUCAGUGACAGUGUAUGCUGACCAACUAAAGCGGCAUUUCUCUUUUGGCGCGUGUGAGCGUGGUUUUGUCUAGCGGAUCGUUCAUACAAUCCACUUCACACACAGACCCUAUUGCACACAGGACCUGAAAAAAGUGGGUUUGGAUUUUCUUUCACUGUCUUUGAGUUCACCACAGAUUCACGACGACCAGCUCAUUGGCUUACAAUCAGGAAAACGAGGAAGACACGUACUGCUGUCAGAGCCAACAGCAGAUGUUGGACAGGUUCAAUAAUGACGAUGGUGUGUUGCAGCACAAAGAUGAAUCAUGUGGUGGUGACGCUGCUGCUGGGGUCCGCGGUUGCUCUCACAUCCCGAGCUGUUGGGUUCAGCACUGAUCUGCAGCCUGCCUGUUCCAUGCUUUCUCACGAACAAAACAUUGAUAUUUGCAACAUUAUUCAGUCUCAUGAGGAGUUUUGUUCUUCUGGAUGGUGUACAUACACAGUCCCACCUGAAUUUCUCACACACUUGAAGAAUGAGGACUGUGUAGCAACUUGGUAUGACCUGGGCAAGCACGUCUUGGCUGAUCCUUUUUACCCAGGAAACCUACAGCAUCCAGCUCGUAAUGUCACACUAGAACAUCUAAUCACUGAACAACAUGUUGACGGAGUUUGGAUUGACAUCCGCUGCCAUGACACAGAUAAAUGGUACCAGGCUGUGUACAGAGCUACAAACAACAUGGCUGUAUUACCAACAGCAUCUGAUGGAUCUGUUGCCACAGAGACGAAGACCACAGAGAUGUGUCAGGAUCACCACACUGAACAUCCAGUGGUUGUUUCAGGGACCAUGCUCAUAGUACUUAUAUUGUAUAGUGUUUAGAAUAUUCAUCAUAUUAUAAAGCAUUUCUAAGUGAGACACAUCGAAUGGUUAAAUUACAGUUUUGCUGCUGUCUGUAAACAAACCACCAUCUUCAACCCUCAUUGAAGUCAUCUUCAUCCCAGAAGAACCUACUUAAGCAGAAUAAGGGCUGUUUUACUCUGGCUGUUUCUCUCAGGGAUUUUCUUACUUUGAGGCCUUUUUUAACCAAGAGCUGAUUACAUCAAAUCCAAAAAAUUCAU